AUGGCAGAGGCUGCGGUGGAGUUUGCUAUAGACACCUUGAGUUCCCUUCUUGUCCAAGAAAUCAAGUUGCUGGGAAAUGCAAGAGAAGAAGUUCAAAGCAUCAAAAGUGAAUUGGAAAGCAUAAGGUCUUGCCUCAGGGAUGCCGAUGCAAAGGCUGCAGCUGAAGAAGAAGGAAGAAGUAACGAAGGUGUCAAAACAUGGGUAAAACAAUUGAGGGAAGAAGCCUUUCAUAUUGAAGAUGUCCUAGAUGAGUACAUUUUGAAGAAGGCACAACUUACUCGCGGCAGUGGCUUUCUUGGUGUUCUUCGUAAAAUAAGUCGUUUCGUAAAGAAAUUGAAAUUGCGCCACGAAGUUGCAACUGCUAUCCAAGAUAUCAAAUCGUCGCUUGAUGAUAUCAAACGAAGAAGACAAGACUUCAACUUCAGAGAUGAAGGAUCAAGUAGUGGUAUAGGAGGUGUUAUACCACAUGACUCACGAGUUGGCUCCUUUUUCAUUGAAGACUCAGAGAUUGUGGGCAUUGAAUCUUCUAAACAUAAAUUGAUUGAUUUAUUGGUGAGUCAAAGAUCAAGUCUCUCAGUGAUUGCCAUGGUGGGUGAAGGAGGAUUAGGAAAGACCACUCUUGCCGGGAAGAUUUAUGAUAAUGAUGUUGUGAAGAAGCAUUUUGACUGUCAGGUUUGGAUCACAGUUGGGAAAGAAUACAUGAAGAAAGAUCUGUUACAGACAAUUAAACGGCAAGUUAACUGUCAAACAGGGUACGCUUCAGGGGAGAUGGAGGACACGGAAGAGAUGAAUGAGAUGAAUCUGACGACUGCACUGAGAAAGCUCUUGAAAGACAAGUGUUACAUGGUUGUGUUUGAUGACGUGUGGAAAGAUGAUUUCUGGGAAGAUGUUAAGUAUGCUUUGCUUGAUAAUAACAAAGGCAGUAGGGUAAUGCUGACAACACGAUACAUGAAUGUUGCUGAUUCAGUUCCUUCUGUGAAUGUCCAUAAGCUUGAACAUUUGCCUUCAGAUAAGGCAUGGGAACUCUUUUCUAGAAAAGCGUUUGGGUUUAAUAUGUCUUGUCCAACGGAGCUGAAGAAAUUGUCUCAUGAAAUCCUUGCAAAGUGUGGAGGUUUACCAUUAGCAAUCGUGGCCGUAGGUGGUAUUUUGUCAAACAAAAACAAGGCUGUCUCUGAAUGGCAAAAGUUACUUUGUGGUUUGGGCUCAAAGUUAGGGAGCGAUCCCCAUCUGAGAAGUUGCAACAGAGUUUUAUCUGAAGGUUAUUAUGAUCUCCCUCACCAUUUGAAGUCAUGCCUCUCGUACUUUGCCUUGUUUCCACAAGGCUUUAAAAUUGUUUUUGGGAGACUAAUACGCCUAUGGAUAGCUGAGGGCUUUGUCCAGUAUAGCAAAAGCUACUCGCUUGAACAAGUUGCAGAAGAUUACUUGACAGAGCUCAUUGACAGAAGUUUGGUUCAAGUUUCGGAGAGAAAGGUUUCAGGACGAGUUAGAACAUGUAAAGUCCAUGAUCUGAUGCAUGAAAUCCUUCUAAAAAAGACUAAAGAACUGAGUUUCUAUGGAGACCUAAGUGGAGAAGACAUGAGUCAUAAAACUCGUCGUAUUUCAGUAAAUAGAGGUACUGAUGAUGCUCUAGAAAGAAUCAAGGAUUCAAAGAUUCGUUCUAUUUGUCUUUUCGAUGUAGACAAACUUCCUCAGUCUUUCAUGAGUACAUUUUUUGCCAAUUUCAAGCUUCUGAAAAUACUUGAUUUUGAAGAUGGUCCUGUGGAAUACCUUCCUGAUGGAGUGGGAAAGCUCUUUCAUUUGCACUACUUAAGUUUGAAAAGAACAAACAUAAAAGAACUUCCCAAGUCUAUAGGCAUGCUUAUUAACUUAGAAACUCUAGAUUUGAAUUACUCUUUUGUGACUGAGCUGCCAGUUGAAAUCAAGAAUCUAAAAAAAUUGCGUUGUCUAAUUAUAUGGCAUAAGGAGGACUUCUGUCCCAAAAUACACGAGGGUCUUGGGGCUUUAACGAAUUUACACAAGCUAUAUUCUGUCGAAGCAAAUUCUGAAUUUGUUGGAGAGCUUAAGCAACUAAGGCAGUUGAGGAGGUUGGACAUUGUACUUGAAAAUAGAGAUUGGAAGGAUCUGUUCCAUGUUGUCAAGAAUAUGGAAAAUCUUGAACGUUUGCGUGUAACAUCUAAAGUUAAAGCAGAGAUUGUUGAUGUAUCAUCAAUGGCCUCUCCUCCACAAUCUCUUCAAAGUUUGUUUUUACAAGGGAAUAUUAAGAAGCUGCCGUUUUGGAUUUCUGAGCUUCAAAAACUAAUUAAAAUACAAUUGGUUUUUAGGGGAACAACUGAUAUUGAUCCCAUAAGUGUCCUUCAAGCCUUACCUAAUUUAUUGAAGCUUGUGAUCAGGGUGACGUAUUGUGAUGAGAAAUUGCAUUUCGAAGAAGGUUGGUUUCCCAAGCUUGAAGAGCUGCAUCUCGUCAACUUUGGAGAAUUAAAAUGGAUGGUGAUAGAUAAAGGUUCAAUGCCUAAUUUAAAAGAAUUUCGGAUUGGACCAAGCCCACUUUUGACGGAGCUUCCAACAGGAAUUGAGCAUCUAAUAUAUCUUAAGAGACUUAUAUUUCUGAUGAUGCCAAAAGAGAUCUAUUGGAUGAUGAAAGGUGAGAACUGGGAGAAACUCACUAAACAAAUUCCAGAAGUAUUGGCAACUUAUAAACAUGCAUUUGGUUUUGGUUUUUGUUACAACACUAGAUAUUUGUCAUCUCUGUCAUGUGAAGAUUUUGAGCAGCUUGUUGAAAAACAGUCUCAUCCAUGA